GUGGCGGGAGGCCGGGCCGCUGGUUACGGGGCCCGGAGCCGGGACUGAGUCUCUGACAGGCGGAUGUUGUCGGUUUAGUUGCUGUGAAAAUGGCCACAAUGUUGGGGGAAAAGGCGACAUUGAACUCGCUGCCGGAGAAUGUGUUGGUGGAAAUCCUGUCCUACCUGUCAACCCGGGAUCUGCUCCGGAUCAGCAGAGUUUGUAAAAGAUGGAGAAGAUUAGCUUAUGACAAAGGACUCUGGAAAGAUGUUAAUUUAACUCCAUACAAGGUAAACUCACGGAUACUCUGGCACCUGGUCAGGCAUUACCUUGGUGGCACUCUGAGGACCCUAAGGGUUAAAGGUGUCCUUCAUUCCAUCAAGAAACAUGAAUCGCUGACUGAAGCCUUGCUGUUGGAGAUUGGGAAACGCUGUCCAAACCUGAGUGAGCUCCGGCUCAUUGAGAUGAAUCUGCGAGGCAUUAGUUACGAGUGUCUGCCUCCGUCGCUGCUCAGUCUGGAGCUGACGCACUGUGAGAUCCCCUUGCAUUGGUUCAGAGUGGCAGCGAUGUCCAACGGGACCCGCGUCCCACCUCGGAUCAAGAACCUGGAGGUGGACAAUGUGCCGAACUUCUCAGACCAGCACCUCCAGAACCUUGCGUCACGCACGGCCUUGAAGGUGCUGAUCCUCUCUGGCACGUACAGGGUGACCGACUCUGGGAUUGAAAAAUCGGCCGAGUCUCUCUCGGAGGUUGUCCACCUCAAGCUGCACGGCUGCAAUAUCUCAGACGACUCACUGCGCCACAUUGCCCGGCACCUGACACAGCUCCGCACUUUAGACCUCACAAACUUCUGCUCCAUGACUGACGCAGGCCUGACCUGUCUCGGAGGUUUGCGCUCCCUCCAGUCACUGUGCUUCGAGUAUUGUGACCAGAUUACUGUUGAAAAGCUCCUGGCUGUCUGCACCGGCCUUCCAUCGUUGACCAAACUGAACCUGAAUGGAAAUCCAUACUCCGAAGAAGACCUGCAGAGAAUACGGCAGAGUUUACCGAACUGCACCGUCACCAACGAUUUCCCUGACAUGGAUUCUAUGCCUAAAUUUUAACAGUGGAUUGCUGGUGCCUAUUAUCACGGCACUGGUUUGGCUUGUGGCUGGGGAGGGCCGGGGGUUGCCGAUUGUAAAGCUGGGGCUGUUCUUUUUUUCCCCUUGGUUUGAAUUGAUUCCAUGUGGAUCAUCAGGCCCUGAGAACAUUGUGUUUUAAUAAGUGGGAACACAUCCGUUCACCCACUGAGUAAAUGAACAGCCCAAAAUCAAUGUGUACACUCCCAACCUUAGCGGGAGGGGUUAUGGGGCGGUGAGCGCACAAAUUACUACCAUGGACUGAUGAGGUUGAGGAGUGUAUUCACACAAGGCAUGUACACGGAAUGCUGGGCAGAGGUGAGAUAGGAAGGAAGUGAUUUACUUUGGUUCCUUAAAAGAUUGGAUCGUGGGAUCGUUGAUGCUUUGUAUCUUUGUAUCUUGCAUCUUGCUCCUUUUCAGAUGGAAGAAUAUGGUAUUUGGGGUUGCAGCAAUCUGUAUGAGGAAAACCGUUUAGAAAUAUAUCCACAAUGCCGCACAUUGUAAGACUGGUAAACGGUAUGACAUACAGAUCUUAGACCACAAGAGUGACUACAGAAGUGUGGCUAACCAAUGGUUUACAUUACUAGGUCCUGACAGCCUAUGAACAACAUUUAAACUCUUCAGUAAUUGUUAUACCAUUAAGCUAAGUAAUUUUAUUUGGCAGCUUUGUUUCAUUGCUAUUGAAAAUAAACUUUAUCAUUUGUAAUAAUUCA